GCCGCGGAAAGUUCUUCCGGAAGCGAUCAUAGGCAUCGCCGUGACGCAGAACGACUUAGAGCGUCCCGCAGGGUUUCCAUGGUGCAGCCCUCAGCCCCAAGUCCCUCGGCUUCCUUUCCGGCCAGAGCGCUGUGACCAAGGCAGGCGGCGAGUCCCUCCCACGAUGUUAACGCCGCUUGGGGGAGGGGUUGGGAGAGCAGGUGGCGCUCUAGGCGAGUUCGUUCGCGUCUCUAUGGUGCCGAAUGCUCUUCUCCGCGCGUCGGGACGGACGUUACCCCUUUAAUCGGCGGAGGGCGGUGCCGAGGAGGUCCCGCGAGAGCCCCGGGGGGCGGUGGGCGGUGCCGAGGCUGGGGGCCCGUGGCGGAUGGAGCCUGCGAUGGAGCCGGAGACUCUGGAGGCGCGAAUCAACAGAGCCACAAACCCCCUGAACAAGGAGCUGCACUGGGCCAGCAUCAACGGCUUCUGCGAGCAGCUCAACGAGGACUUUGAGGGGCCUCCACUUGCCACCCGGCUGUUGGCCCACAAGAUCCAGUCCCCGCAGGAGUGGGAGGCGAUCCAGGCCCUGACGGUGAGGAGAAGGGGAAGCACGGUGCCACCACCCCCCCAGGUGCUGGAAACAUGCAUGAAGAGCUGCGGCAAAAGGUUCCACGACGAGGUGGGCAAGUUCCGCUUCCUCAACGAGCUCAUCAAGGUCGUGUCUCCCAAGUACCUGGGCUCUCGGACAUCGGAGAAGGUGAAGAACAAGAUCUUGGAGCUUCUCUACAGCUGGACGGUCGGCCUCCCUGAGGAGGUGAAGAUCGCAGAGGCCUACCAGAUGCUGAAGAAGCAGGGGAUUGUGAAGGCCGACCCCAAGCUUCCAGAUGAUGCCACCUUUCCCCUUCCUCCGCCGCGGCCCAAGAAUGUGAUCUUUGAAGACGAGGAGAAAUCCAAGAUGCUGGCCCGCCUGCUGAAGAGCUCCCACCCUGAGGACCUCCGAGCAGCCAACAAACUCAUCAAGGAGAUGGUGCAGGAGGACCAGAAGCGAAUGGAGAAGAUCUCAAAGCGGGUGAGCGCCAUCGAGGAGGUGAACAACAACGUGAAGCUGCUGACGGAGAUGGUGAUGAACCACAGCCAGGGCGGCGCGGCUGCCCCAAGCAGUGAGGAUCUCAUGAAGGAACUGUACCAGCGCUGUGAGCGCUUGCGGCCCACACUCUUCCGACUGGCCAGCGACACGGAGGACAAUGACGAGGCCUUAGCGGAGAUCCUGCAAGCCAACGACAGCCUCACCCAGGUCAUCAACCUGUACAAGCAGCUGGUGCGGGGCGAGGAGGUCAACGGCGAUGCCACAGCCGCCUCCAUCCCUGGGAGCACCUCGGCCUUGUUGGACCUCUCAGGUCUGGAUCUCCCUCCGGUGGGCACCACUGACCCAGCCACGCCCACCCGCCCUGGUGACCAGGCCAGCCUGGAGCAGCCCAGCACCUCAGCUUCCCUACUUGACGAUGAGCUCAUGUCUCUGGGCCUAGGCGACCCCACACCCCCUUCAGGCCCAGGAUUGGACGGUGCUGGGUGGAACAGCUUCCAGUCGUCUGAUGGCACGGAGCCCCCCCACCCCGCUCCGGCCCCCAACGUGGACAGUCGGCCCCCGGCGCAGACGUCCCUGCCCACGAGCAGUGGUCUGGAUGACUUGGACCUCCUGGGGAAGACCCUCCUGCAGCAGUCGCUGCCCCCAGAGUCCCAGCAAGUGCGGUGGGAGAAGCAGCAGCCAGCCCCCCGCCUCACACUCCGGGACCUGCAGAAUAAAAGCAGCUGCAGCGUGUCCAGCUCCGGCGCCACCAGCCUCCUCCACGCCGUGUCCCCCGAGGCCCCUGGGCCCCUGCAGCAGCCCACACCGACGGAGCUCUCGCUGGCCAACAUCACUGUGCCUCUGGAGUCCAUCAAACCCAGCAGCAUCUUGCCGGUGACCGUGUAUGACCAACAUGGCUUCCGGGUCCUCUUCCACUUCGCCCGAGACCCACUGCCCGGGCGCUCCGAUGUGCUGGUGGUGGUAGUUUCCAUGCUGAGCACCGCCCCCCAGCCCAUCCGCAACAUUGUUUUCCAGUCAGCUGUCCCCAAGAUCAUGAAGGUGAAGCUGCAGCCGCCCUCAGGCACAGAGCUGCCAGCGUUUAACCCCAUCGUCCACCCCUCAGCCAUCACCCAGGUCCUGCUCCUUGCCAACCCCCAGAAGGAGAAGGUUCGUCUCCGCUACAAGCUGCUGUUCACCAUGGGCGACCAGACCUACAACGAGAUGGGGGACGUGGAUCAGUUCCCCCCACCGGAGACCUGGGGGAGCCUCUAGAACAGAGGGGCUGGGGAGAGGAGGGGCGACGGGACUGGCCACCACUGAGCCUGGGUUCCCACGGCCAUAUUCCCCUGGGUCUGGUGCUUCUCCCCUCCCCUCUGUGGCCCCCUCCUUCCUUGCCCUCUCCCCUGCUGAGCCAAACCCAGCAGGAGGCUAGGCCUCGGUUUGCACUGGUGGGGACCUUCGUCACAGGUGGGAGGCUGGAGCAGGGAAGUGCUGCACACGGGCCCCGGAAGGACUUGGGGUCGUGGGGGAGAAGCAUGGCUGUCGGGCAAGGGCCAGGACCUCAGGCCCAGCCCCGACCCCAGCCUGGGGAGGGGUCAUCCCUGCCUGUCUCUUAUGCCUUAUGGGAAGGCCCAGCCAUAACUUGGGGCCGUGCUGGAGCCGGGACCAGCUCAGGCCUCCAUAGGAACCGGGUGACUGGGGGCGUGGCGCCUGCACCCCCAGCUCUUUGCACUCUCGGGUGUGUGGUUUGACUCUCUUAGCUUUUCUCUCUGCGUGGCCCUGUGGUCACCGUCUCAGGGGGCCCAGUGAGGGGAGCCCCACCUCUCCCCCACUCCUCCUGGGGGUCUCACUCCACUCUCCUGGCCCCUUUGCUGUCAGGCCUCCAGGGGGACUGUGGGAGAGACAGGUGGCCCCAGCUGGGGGCUCCCAGGCCCCUGGCCAAGGGAGGUCCUGCACUGGAGUUCUCAGUGUGUCUCUUUCAUUCAUUGGGUUUUGUCCAUCCGUCUGUCCAUGGGCAGAAGUGGGGUCAGUGUGUGAGUGAGAGCAGGAGUAUUUAUGGAAAUAAAACGUCCUUUUUCCUGGACCAGCAGCUCUCGUGGUCCUUCUGAGGUAGAGGGAGUCAGGAGGGGUCCAAGAGUGGGAGGACCCCGGGCUGCCCCGCAGACCCCUCUGCCUCUCCUUGGAGAUCAGGCCACGGUUCCUCUGCUCACCACUCCCAGUCCCUGUACCGGAAGAGGCCCAGCUCAGGGGCCUGUGGCCACUGCUGAGUCACCAGAGAGGACCCAGGGCUGUGGUGGGCACAGAGCCGUCCCGGCUGGAAGCGAGCGGCUGCUCGGGCCUGCCAGGAGCCCCAGCUGCUGCAGACGCUGAGGGGGAGGCCCCUGGCCACUCACAACUUCCUCUUGCUGCACUCAGCCCUCAAAACACAGCUG